AUGACUCAAUCCAAUCGCGCCUCGAAACGAUUCUCCACCGUCAGCGGGAGCCCUUCGAUUGCCUCAGAACGUACCACAGGGAGCCUCCCCAGCGGAGAUCCUAGACACACCGAAUACAACAACCUGCGCGAAGGGUUGAACCGCCUGGAAAACAAGCCUCUGAACAAGCAGCGGUUUGUUCCCAGCGCCGAGAAGACCGACAGUCUCAGCAAGCUCGCGCUCGGUGCCAAAGUGGAGCGCGCGCUCGGACGGAGGAUGACGGGCCAGGAUGCUGUCAUGCGGGAGAAGCCUGCGCUGAACGAAAAGGCCGAGCAUGCCACUUCAUGA